AUGGCGGAACCGAAAUCACCUAGCGAACUUACCAAGGAAGAUGCUUUCCUCGAUGCUGUCAAUGCAGUCCCCGAGGGAGGUCUUUCUACGAUCGAAGAACAACAGAAACAACGAGGGUUGUUUUCAUACUCCGAAGGUCAAAAGAUCCUACGAAAAGUCGAUCUUAGGCUGAUGCCCUUCUUGCUGUUGACCUAUAUCCUUAGAGGUAUGGAUGGUGGUGCCAUCUCUUAUGUGAAAACCAUGAACAAAGGUUCACCAACCAAUAUCUUGAAUCAGCUUCACAUGUCAAGUAAUCAAUACUCUUAUGCGUCUACUACCUUUACACUUUUCUAUGCUCUUGGUGAACUCCCUUCUAACUUACUCUUCAAACGCACCACCCCAAGGUGGCACUACAUGAGGAUCGUGGCUCUUUGGUCAAUCGCUGCUAUCUGCCAUGCCGCCGCCUUCAACGCUGCUGGUCUCCUCACUGCACGAGCAUUCUUGGGUCUGUUCGAAGCCGGUAUGGCUCCUGGUGCUUAUCUCCACCUGACAUAUUACUAUCGACCGGAUGAGAUCGGUCCUCGUAUCGCCGCUAUCUCUGCGAUGUUCAACUUCUGUAACAUCUUUGUUGCACUUGAGACAUAUGGUCUCAGCUACAUUGAUGGUCAUGGUAAACUUGGUGGUUGGCAAUGGACAUACAUCAUCAACGGUCUCUUGGGAUUGGUCUUAUUGGCCAUACUGUACUUUUGGAUGCCUGAUUUCCCAGAAGACUGCAAAUGGCUCACUCCACAAGAACAGCAAUGGAUCGUCGGUCGACUUCCUGCAGGUUCCUCUCGAUCCAACGACAAGAACUUUGACUUCAAAGAGCUCAAGGAUGCUUUCAAAGACCCAAUCAACCUCACCUUCGCCACCAUGAUUGUCAUCUACAACACCGGUAACCUCGGGAUGACUUUCUGGCUUCCGACUAUCAUCAGUAACCUUGGUUUCAGCUCGACCGCUUCCGCUCAACUUCUGAACAUACCUCCCGCUGCGCUUUACUGGAUCGGUGGUAUCGGCGGUAACAUGCUUGCCGACAGAUUGACAAUGAUCCCCAGACCGCUUUAUCUCCUCACCACACUAUCGAUCUACACGGCAGGAAUGUUCUGUCUAGCCUAUGUAAGAAGCAUAGGUGCUCUGUACGCCAUCAUCUGUGUGAUGCAGGUCUUCGCCAGUGCUUCCUAUCAGUCCUUCAUUCCUUGGCGUUCCCAAUCUCUGAAAGGAACCACCGACGCAGCCUUCGCCAUGGCGUGGCUGACUGGAGCAGGCCAAGUGGCAGGUUUGUGGUCUGCUCAGAUUUUCAGAAGUCAAUACGCCCCAAGAUACAGCAUCCCCUUCAUUGUUUGUGCCGCUUUGACAAUUGGUGCUAUGGGUAUGGUCGUGGUUAACUGGUUCAUGACAUACACCAGCGAGAAGGAAACCCGGAGAAUCAUGGCGCUCAGACGUAAAGUUGGGAAAGAGAGAGACGAAGUAUUGCAGGAUGAUGUUGACCUCGGUGCCGAAGUGGCGCAAAGAAAUAAUCGACCCGCUGGUGUUUCAGCUUAG